AUGGCAACACAGUUUUAUCUCACGCUUCCGAGUAAUAGUUUGUUAGCCUAUUUUCCAAAUAAUACGGUAGCGAAUUUUAGAGUAAAAUUGGCCGAAACCGUUGACUUGCCAGGACAACGGGAAGUCGCAUUGACGGAAAUGCAUUACCCACAUACGUGGAGCACGCCAAGACGUGGAGUGCAACAAACGUUCUUGUAUAAAAUUGGCAGUAACCCUUAUCAAACUGUCGUGCUUAAAGAAACACAAUAUUCUUUUAUUGACCAACUAACAAAAGCACUCAAUGCCGGCAUGUCGAAAGAAACACAGACGAAAGUAAAGUUUAGUUAUAAUCGGAGUUCUCGCAAGGUUUUGAUUGAUGUAAAACACGGCACGACUAUGUGGUUUACCGCAGAAUUAGCAACGGUCUUGGGAUUUGACCAGGACAGUCUUAUUGAAAGAAAACUUCGAGUCCCUAUGCUGCAGAUAUCAAUGGUGGAUUCUCCUCCAUGUAUGUUUACACGGAUAUCGUUGAUGCACAGUUUGUGGGCGAUGUGAAAGUGCCUUUACUACGAAUCGUUAAUAUCGAACGGGAAUAUGGAAACACCGUUCACACCAGUUUUCGUAAUUUGCAAUACGUACCGGUCAAAGUAAAUUAUUUUGAGACCAUUGAAGUGAAUAUAAAGAAUGACCAAAACGAAAACGUCUCAUUUGAGUUCGGGAAGUCAAUCGCAACACUUCACUUUAGACAGAAGAGGUCUCAGUACUUUAAAAAUGCGCGGAAGACUAGUUGUGGAUGCUAAACUGUUGAAAGACCAUUUCUUGAGACAACAACGUGGCGGGAACAUCUCUGGGUUUCGUGGUUCACGUUUUCAAAGAGGAUAUCGGAUGGGAAGCAUUUUCAAGAGCGUUGCGAAAUAUGCUAUCCCUCUGUUCAAACAAGGUGCUAAAGUUGCUGGCAAAAGAGCAUUGCAAACAGCUACAGAAGUCGGUCAAGAUGUACUCCAAGGAAAAAAUGUAAAGAAGCUUUUAAAUCACGAGGAAAACAAGCAGCAUCUGAUGUUGCAAAAAAUGCUGCCAAGAAAGUAAUGACCGGAAAGGGUCGCAAAAAGGGUAUAAAAAGAGCUGCGCCAGCUAAAACUCCCAUACGCGGUCCAACAAAGAAGCAGAAAACAUCUCUCGAUAACUAUAGACCAAAGUGGCAUGGCUCUUGAAACAAUCCAUAAAGACUCCUGCAUGUGUGCAAAAUCUGAACUCGAUUUAUUUUCUAUUCCACCGACUCAAGUGGUAAUGGAAAAAGGAUAUUGGGAAGAUGUUGAUCCUAUUACGAGCAUGUCUUCUUCAGAUACGAUAGAAUUUUUAUGUGCUGCAAAUUCUGGAGUUUAUACCGACUUAGCAAGCAGUUACCUAUACGUUAAAGCAAAGAUCACUACUGCGGCUGGAGGAAAUGCGGAUGCCGACAUUCAAGUUGGACCUUCAAACCUUUGGAUGCAUGCAUUAUUCUCACAAGUUGAAGUAUUUCUGAACAGCAAACUGGUCACCCCAUCAAGCACAGCAUACCCUUACCGAGCGUAUAUCGAAACGAUCCUGAACUUUAGUAAAGACGCCAAAGAUUCACAUUUGACCUCAGCGCUGUUCUAUAAAGAUAAAGCUGGAAAGAUGGAUGUAGUAAACCCUCUCGCACAAGAUGCCAACGUUAACACGGGAUUAAAACAACGCCAUGCAUAUACACGUGAAAGCAAAUCUGUCGCCAGGGAAGGAAGACUUCAUUCUGAUAUAUUCGCGCAAGACCGUUAUAUUCUUGGUGCUGUUCCAAUCAAGAUCAAGCUGGUGAGAUCUAGAGAUCAGUUUUGUUUGGUAUCAUCCGCAGAAAAUCCCAAUUUCAAAGUGGUCCUCGAUGAAUGUUUGUUUCGUGUACGACGAGUUAACGUAGCCCCUAGUAUUAUACUGGCUCAUUCCCAGUCCCUUCAACAAAUCACUGCCAAAUACCCAAUCAACAGGAUCGACUGCAAGGUUGUCUCCGUACCUCGGGGGAAUAUGUCUGGAAAUCAACCUAAUAUAUUUCAAGGUGGUUUACCAAAUCGUAUCGUGAUUGGAAUGGUCGACGCGGAUGCCUUUAACGGUACAUAUACGAAGAAUCCGUUCAAUUUUAAAAAUUACGAUAUCACAACCAUGGGUCUCACUGUCAACGGAGAGAACUUACCUGGAAAACCACUACAGUUGAAAUUUGGAGCAAACAGUAAUAUUACAUUUCUGCUUUUCAAACCCUGUACGCCGGCACACACAAGAUUUUUGAUAAUCAGGGUAAUGGUAUAACAUGUGAAGAAUAUGCAAACGGUUAUACACUGUUUGUGUUUGACCUUACUCCUGACCUAUGCAUUGGUGAUCAUGUACAACCGAUUAAAAACGGAAAUGUAUCAAUUGAAUGCCGAUUUGGAACACCAUUGGAAACGGCUAUAAAUAUCGUGGUACUUGGCGAAUUUCAAAGUCUUAUCGAAAUUGAUGCGAACCGGAACGUGCUGUGUGAUUUCAACAACUGAAGAUGAACUCACUGCAGAUUAUGAACAUUCUCAAGAAUGAUCCAUUUAUAAAAACGGUGUUUACGAACGUUUUACCGUCAGAUCGUUUACCUCGCGAAAUAAGGUAUAUACUUAAUGCUAGAGGGUAUAUACUUAACACGGAUGCAUCCGAUAUGCCCGGAUCACACUGGAUUGCAAUGUACCUUACAGAAGAUGGCAAAGGGCAAUUUUGGGAUUCGUAUGGCCAGGCUCCUGGAUUUUACAAUCAGAACUUUACUCAAUUUUUGGACAAACAUUGCGGUACAUUUACAUGGAACAGAAGAAUUUUGCAAGCCCCUUCAUCAGACGUGUGCGGACAAUAUACAUUAUUCUUUGCUUUACAUCGAUGUAGACGUAUUCCAAUGUCAACCAUUGCAAAUAUGUUUACGAAUAGCAAAGAAUGGAAUGAUGAGCUUGUGCGUGAUUUUAUAGACAAGUGGUACAAACCCUAGAUCUAGUUUUAAUUACAUUUAUUGUAAAAUUUUCUCUUACAAGAAAUAAAUUAUUUUAAAACCAUUUAUAUGGGCUACUAAUAUUGUCUCUGCGUUUCUUUCUUUUUUCCUCACGCAUAUGGGAUACUGGUGACCGGGUUUCUUGAGGGGUGGUGGGUAGAUUUUCCGGGAUACCUUUGGUUUAUAUUCGCGAACAAUUCCAAGAUGGUUUUUGUUUCUCACAAUACCUUCGGGUACAUUCAUAUGUCCGAGAACUUUUGAAAACAAUUCCCAGCCGUCGGGGUUGAAAUUCUUCCUUUGACGUACAAUCACCAAAUCAACUAUAUUUGUGCUAGGAACCGAUCUUCCUUUGAACACCAUCUGGCCUUGUUCAUUCCAACCAAUAAGAUCCUUAUUUGACUUGAGUUUUUUGAUGAGUUGUCGAGCUCUUGACUUCAUAGUAGCUGGUACACUAUCCAUGACAUCUGUUUCAAUCUCGUCUGAAGGUUCCGCCUCUUCAAUCGGCUGAUUUCCUUGAGGUUCUUCAGCUUUAUCGAUGUGCGUCACGUUUACUCGGAGAGGUUUAUUCAUUCGUUUAUCAUAAAAGGUUAAAUAGCGUUGCAGAUUCUGGUCGUAUAACUUUGCCUUUUCAUCGAUUGGUAUAUCUUGUCGUCGAAUAAUAUCUUGCAUGUUCGAGUCUAUUUCGUUGACCUGUGUUGCCAGAGGCGCCGCGAGAGGUUUCUUUCGCUGUUCAACCAUAUGUUCAGCGACAAGGAGUAGUCGCUUGACGUGUUCCAUUAUAAAAAGUUAGCCAACUGUUCCAAAACUGAAGUGAGUAGAAACGGUAGGAAACCCUUCCCUUUUUGGACUAGACGUGUUCUUCUUUUUACGAUAGGAUUUAUUUUGUCAGCCGCAAACUUUAUAUGCUUGGAAUGCGGUGCAAGUUUUUUAGCUGUUUUCGGUUUCAGUUUAACUGUUUCAAACCAAACGUUUAAUAGACACUGUCUUAUCGCUUCGAAUAAAUCGUCUUCAGCCGCUUUCAAAAUAGCUUUUCUCAGUUCGGGUUUGCACUUGGCUAAUACUUUCAGAUAUUCGGAGUUCCUCUUCAUACACGCAGACAUGAUCAAAUGAACAUUUUACACACGUUCCCACAUUUUUAUACUCUGGGUUGAUAGACAUAAUGCGUGUCGGUUGGAAAGAUCCCGGAUCGAAUCCGUAUCUCGUCAGGACAUGUAGGAGUUAAGUCGACAAAUAGAUAAGAAUAAGGUUCUUUCGUUGCCAAUUGAUAAGCUUGUUGGAAAAACUUCGUUUGACUCGGGUAUAGCUGUUUGGCGAGAUGAGUAAUUUGACUUGCAUCGCGAACAUUUUUCGUUAAACAUAAACAACUUGCAUUAAGAGAUAUUGUGCGAUGCUCUUUGCUCUGGUGAAACAAGUUUUGCACAAUGUAGGUUACGCUUAGAUUACCAUGGUGCGAUUUUCUCGUGAACAAUUUAGAAAUCACUCCGUCCUUCUCACCCAUCAUAUCGUCAAUGAUGAACAAAUUUCGUGUUUCUGGAUUGAUACUGUCCAUUAUAUUAUCCGGCAAGCCUUGUAUGAAUUUUAUACCAGGCACUAAAUUUUGUAUUUCUCCAAACGCGUCCUGAUAUUCGGCAUAGAAGUAAAUAAUGUUUUCAGGCGUUGGAUCAAUCAGCACAUUGGCAUAGCUGAGAAGCCUUUUCACAAAGGUGGUUUUGCCUGAUUUUGUACCGCCAGAAACGAGAAGCCCAAAUGGGUGUCUUAACUGUAUGGAGUACAUGAUGAAAAUGAAAGCAGAUACUUUUCGAUCAGUCUAUUUAUCUUUUGCAACUCGAUCAAUACCGUUGCCCUAUCAAUAGGCAUUUUCUUAGCACGAAUAAGAUAUGGUUGUCUCUCUUGAGUGGAUAGUUUAUGAACAUUGGUUAAAUGAUUAGAUAAUUUUAAUAAACCUUUCUUUCCACACAUGGGACAAACCUUACGCGUUCGAGGCAUGCUAUCAAAUGAAUGUUUCCGAGCAUACCAUUACCUAAAUAGUCCCUUUGGGGACUAAUUUUUGUCCCCGGAUGUCCCCGGCACAGAAGAAUGUCACCAUGGGGACAUAAUUACCAACAUUAGUCCCUAUUAUAGCCGAUUGUCCCUUAAGAAAGUCCUUCCGGGGACUAAUUUUUGUCCCCAAAUGUCCCCAGUAUAGACGAAUGUCCCCAUGGGGACAUAAUUACCAACAUUUAUGCCUAUUAUAGCCGAUUGUCCAUUACCUAAAUAGUCCCUUUGGGGACUAAUUUUUGUCCCCGGAUGUCCCCGGCACAGAAGAAUGUCACCAUGGGGACAUAAUUACCAACAUUAGUCCCUAUUAUAGCCGAUUGUCCCUUUAGUCCCUUUGGGGACUAAUUUUUGUCCCCGUAUGUCCCCGGCACAGACAAAUGUCCCCAUGGAAACAUAAUUACCAAUAUUAGUCUCUAAUAUAGACGAAUGUUCCUCUAGGGAAAAAAUUCCCAAAAGUCCCCGCAGCUGUACAAUUACACACAUAACUUUUAUGUUUGAAAUCAUUUAUUAAUUUAAAAACCAUAAGGCAAUGUAUCAAAAUUAUUUACAAUCACACGUUUAUUAUAUACAAUACGAUAGUCCUUGUUCUCACUCCUCGUCUUUACACUUUUCUCUUUAGUGUCUCUAUUUAUUUUGUAUUGUAUAUUUACAGUUAUGCUAUCUGUGAGAUCAGACAACGCUUCUAAACAAACCAUAUCACACAUUAAAUUUAAAUUAACCUUUUGUGCAGUUCUGUAGUUGAGGGUGAUCCCUCUAACUUUGCAUACUGUUUUGUCGGUGCUCGUCUGGUUAAUUCACGAAUGUUGUGAGAACUGCACAUUUCAUCAGUAAUUUUAAUCAAGUUAAGCGUCGUUUCACUGUAGUAAUUUGAUAAAACAAUUACCAAAUGGUUUUCCCGUGCAGGAUAGCAUGAUCCAUGCACUUGGGAUGUUGCUUGACUUUCGGAAAGCGUAAAAAUACACUCGCCUACGGCUCGUGUAUUUUUACGCUUUCCGAAAGUCUCGCAACAUCCCUCGUGCACGGAUCACGCAAUCCUGCACGGAAAACCAUUCGGUAUUCCUUUAGUCAUGUUGUGUCAUGUCCAGAUCGAAUAAAAUAGAAAACAUUAUUUUUCACCCUGCUCGGUUUCCUUUGUUCUUUGAGGGGAAUAUAUUCAAUAUUCUAGACAAAAAGUCUAGACAAAAAUUUCGUCACAGUUUGAAAGAGGAUCACAAAAAUAAUAAGCUUUCAGUACUUAACUAUCAGUACUUACAUCUGUUCUCCCUAAUGGCCCUGAAACCUAAUUGUAUUUUGCCCUUAUGAUUUCUUAUCAUUACAAUGAAACGUUUUAAAAAUAUUCGAUAAAUUUUGUAAAGUGUGGGUAAAUAAAACAAAAACUACUCGACGAAUAGUUGAUGGACUUUGAGAUGAUUUAUUUUGAGCUUAACAGCCAUUCCUUUUCAGAUUUGUGCAAAAUUUGCGAUGGUCAGAAUUGCUCAGAAUAGCCCCUUUAAAUCUACCCACGUUCGCAGGACGGACCAAAUACAUAAAUAUAUACAUUUCUAAUCCACACAUAAUAUAACAUAACAAGCAAUUUCAGUAACUUUUUUGUCUCUAGCUUCGACUUCGCGAUAACCAUGUGAUUUCUACUCUAAAAUAACAAUCUCAUAAGGCCGCAACAACUAUCACACACAUCAAAAGUAUUUCUUCACAGUCAGAAAAAAUAUAAGGAAAUAUACAGUACUCUGAAAAGUACCCUCUUAUCCGUCUCAUCUUAUUGUAUCAUACACUUUCAUACUUGAAACAAUGUGGUGAGUUUUGUUAGAAUGAACACACUUCUGCAUUUUCGUCAACGAAAUGCAAUAAUUGCGAGUUAAGUUCCCUAACACUGUUUCGCGGUUGAAAAUACAGUACGUUCUUAUAAAAUGCUUUUUGUUCUUAAUAUAAAGAUAUUGACGUGUAACGAUAAAGAGCUAAAUCAAUGGGCUUCCAGUUUAAAGAAAUCGAUACAAUAUAGGUAUGUCUUGAACUUUUCAGUAUCAUGUACUAUAUGUAUAAUGUCCAGAACUUUUCUGUGUUAGACUUUACAUUAGACUAAGAGGAGAGUAACUUGGAAGGUGCACUAUAUUCAACGUGGGACAAGUAAUCCGCAUAUAAAAUAAAUCAACCACUACACUGGUAUUGCAGAAAACGUUUGUACUGUAUAUGCAGAAGCGUUUGAUAAUUGUGUUUGAACCAUCCACGUUGCCAUACAGGCUUCCAAGGGUGGGUUGACUACAAACUUUUUGUAGUUCGCUAUAACUACAGCUACUUCAAAAAUAUGUAGUGAGCUACAACUACUGCUACUUUUGAACAACAGUAGUUCGCUACUGACUACAGCUACUGCUUAAAAAAUGUAGCGAAUUAUUUCGCUAUUUUACUGUAUUUGGAGCAUCUACUAGCUCAGGCUGCAAUGUAACCGAUAUAACAAAUCGACUUACGAGUAAAUAAGAUGGCAUGCACUUGCACGGCAUAUUUUAUUCAUGCAAAUUGAGUAUUUAUUUUCAGCAAACCGUGUCUCAAUAUCAUGCUAUUCUAUCCAGUUGCUAACAAUUUUAAAAAGUAGCGAAUAGCGAUUUUCUGUUUGAAAAGUAGUCAACUACUUGGCUACUUUUAGGCAAAAUGUAGUUCGCUAUAGCAACAGCUACUGUUUUGAAAAAGUAGUAAAAAACUACUGGCUACAUGAAAAUUGUAGUUCGCUACAGUAGCGAACUACAACUGCUUCGCUACUACCCACCCUUGCAGGCUUCUCGGCUUUCUUCGUUUCCACGUAAUUAGUAAUUGGCUACAUUUCUACUAUAACUGUAAACCACGUUGUACACAUAAGGUCUCCUGACAAUACCUUAAUACAUGAGGUGACAGCAGAUGAAACAUGACUGACCUAGCUCCUGCAAAUAAUAAUCUUCCGUUUUAAACAAAGCGUUCCUCUGCCUCUUCAACAGGACAAAAAAGGAGGAAAAGAAGGAUAUUAAACGAUAUCAUCGAAAAAGGAGUGACUUGGAAAAGAAAAGGAUGAUACUAAAAUCUCUUGCAACGCCAGAGUAAAUACAUAUAAAGUAUAUAAUAUGCUUAAUGUUUUCUGUUCGCUUUAAUAUUCAAUUCUUAAUUCUUGACAUUUGACUUGACACGCCUGACAAACUGAAAUGCAUGCCAAAGCGCCAACGUGCUUCAAUUUCUUUAAUUUUCAUAUCCUGUUUCUACAAAAUUUCCCAUAAACAUAGAACAUGUCAUUCUUACAAAUCGUAUGUUUUUGUUUUCCGAAUUGAAACAUUUUUGGCGGGAAAAUGACGUCACAAGCUUGCCGCUAAAAAAUUAACAAUUAGCGCGUUUACUGAAUCCACAACCGCGUUUACUGAAUCCACACAGAAUGGGGAAGAUAUUCCCACAGAGUGUCUUAAAAAUGACAAGAUUCAGCGUUUAGAAGCAGACAUUGCUAUCUUAGUCAGAGGACGAAAUUUCGAGGUAAAUGAAUUAAAUAAUAUUAUUGACACUCUGAACAAAAAGAGUGAACUAAUUGAAGCGUCAAAUGUGGCCCUUAAACAUGAAAUUGUUGGCUUAAAAAUGCUAAAGUCAUCAAACCAUUGUAAUGAUAUGGGUAAUUGGAACAGUGAACAAUGCGAUCACCAAAGUCUAGAUCUCAUUAAUCAAGGGAUCAAACAAAAACAAAUGCAAAAAUAUGGUAAUCGUUGCCUAAAUGAUAAGGCACCCGUGCAUGAAGUCUCUAUGGUCUCAAUUGAAAUUGCUGAUGAACGCGUAUCUGAAGCGGAACAGCAUAACAUUACGAAUAAUUUACCAACUACUAUUACAGUAGUACCAUUAUAA